AAUUGGGUGCUCGUGCUCAGUCGCGCUCGAGGUGGCUCACCUCGACGGUCGUGGAAUUUUGUGUUUUUCGUCACGGCGUCCCGCAUUCACGAUGCAAUGUUUUUUCGACACGUGGUGCAGCUUCGGUCCAGAGUUUCAUAAAUAAAAUGCAUCCCUUGUGGUCGUCGUGUUAUUCAGACGAUCUUCCACGGUGUGCGAUGAUGAUAGGGGUGCAGAUACACGCGUUGCGGCAUCGUAGACGGUAACGCCGGCCGAUCGGCUUUGCCGGAAGGAAAGUUUGUUUCUUUAUGUUACGUCCUUUGCAAGCGCUAUCAGACGGUUCAUCACCUGAUCUUUCCAACUUGACAUUCGUAGUGAACGGAACAGUUGACGAAAACUUAAAACAAAAACGUCGAAUAAUUUUAUGAAGAGUCGCAGUCUAGCUACGAUGAGAUGAUGCUGUACGUGUUAAGGAUGAAGGACCGCGAUACAUGUGAAUCGUUUCGUUCGCGUUUUGUUUAGUUUGAUGACUGGAAAAUGUCUUGAUGAAUAUCAUAGCAAACACGAAUAAAUAAACUGAAUUAUGAAGAAAAAAUCGAUAAAACUUGCCGAGGUAACAGGCAAAUUUUAGACUGCAAUGGAAGUAUAAUAGUUCAAUCGAGAGUAUUAGGAACUCUGGAGUUCAGAAGAGGGUAACUAAUAAGUACGUGUAACCAUUUAGCAGGGAGACUUCAGUAAGUUAAUUAAAAUUGAUCUACCGUGCAGACAAAGAUAUCAAUUAGAGAUGUAAUGAAGUACGUAUGUAAUCUCAGCAUAAAGUUGCGAUAUAUAUCAACGUAUAAAAUUUAUCGAUAAAAUUCAAAGUGGUUUGGGAUAAGGAGAUAUGCCAGUGUUUAAAACGCGGCUAAAUCCUGUCUAAAUUUAAUUCAAAAUUUUAAAUGUAAGUUAAAAUGUAAUUCUUAAAUCGCAAUGAACUGGUACAAGUGAAAAGCUGCAUCGAGCUACUCGACAAACAAUGAGAUUUUUCUUUCAGAUCUAGUAGCUCCUUUUAGUAGAUUUCGUUCGCGUCAGCUAAACGAGUUUCUCCAAUUGCGGUAAAAGAUUUCAUCCCUCGUGGUCUUACUUAGAUCAAAUUCUCCAAUCCCUGGUCUGCGGAUGAAAAAAGGGACUUUAGAAGCGAGCUACGGUUUAAAAGUUUCGCUCCUCUCCAAAGAAAAGAAUUUUCGAUAUUCUUUAAGAUACAAAUCUGAUCUGCAAGACUUGAAUUGGGGAUUAAUUGUAAAUAAUUUUAUUCUUUGCGCUGUUCUAACAUUGGAUCUUAAAAGUGAUAUAAAAUACAAUUCAAUUAUGAAUACAUUUCAGCAUAUACGUAUAGAAAUCCGUUAGUUCAUUUCACUUUUUUAUUCAAUCUCGCGUAACCGCGUGCUUUUUUCUGGCCCCUAUUGUUGUACGAUAUUCAUUUUUAUACAGAGAUGGAUGAAUUCUAUGGCUCGCGAUCAUGUCACGAAACAAUGUCUUUUAAAACAGAAUGAAGUAUUCGUUAGUUCGUGCUUACCUUUAAUAAGAGGAAAAUGAAGUUCAGCUAAUUAAAUUACUGACUAUUAAAAGCAACAGCAUUUCCCUUAAUAGCACGACAGGGUUCCGUACUAUGGAUUUAUUUUCGGUAAUUCGUUCUCGUUUUUUUAUAGUUUAAAGAGUACUAAGAAUAAUAUUAGAACAGUGCGAUGAUCUGAAGAGAGCGCACGAUUUAUCAUAUCAAAUAUUGAGCACUUUCUUAAACUAUCGUGUAGAUAAUACCAUAUCUUUGCAAAGACUAUAUCCGUAGAAAACAGGAUUACUUGUCUUUUUACAGCGACACAAUAUAUAUACAUAUAUAUGUGUGUGUAAUUCGCGAGUGAGUGGAUAGUGUCGGAUCGAAAAGGAUUAACAGGGAUAGAUACGCGUAACACCGGAAAUGAAUCUUCAAGACGAUUGAGCUUCGGACUUCGGUACUAAUUGUAAGAAUAGAACGCGAUGCACCGCCGUCGCAUCGCGACGCGACAGUGCGACGUAACGCUGACACACGCGUCCGUGAAGCACAACGUUUUCUUCGACGAAGGAUUCUCGCGAGGAGAAUGGAGAAGACACGGGGAUUAUCGAAAUUAAGUCACGGAAAUGCGCAUCGCGGAGCACGACGGGGACCUUACCGAGGCGUCCGGCGUUCGUGUCGGAUUACAAAAAGAUCCCGGUGUAAGGUUCAAGUUCAUGUCGCCCGGUGAUUCGAGGGCUAAGGCUGGUGAUCGCGAUCCUCAUUGAUCCUCGUUGGAAGUCGAGCAUCGACAGCGACGGUGGCCGAUUGGAUGGAAGAUAAGCAGAACGUAACGAUCGUGAAAAAGAGAUGCCUGGUAUCGUGGUAUUUCGACGUCGAUGGAGCGUCGGCAGCGACGAUCUCGUCGUGCCUGGUGCUUUCCUGUUCAUCCUGCAUUUGAUAUGGGUGACGGUAUUGGGUGUUCUACUGGGGAUACUCGAAUGGGAUCACAGCGUUACGUGCAUCCUGCUUCUAUGGGAAUACGUCGUGGGAUAUUUGGCCAUUUUCGUGUCCUCCAUGCUGGUAGAAUUCUCCAUCUGCUUCCUGGCUACGAGGGGCAGCAUUUUGGACACUGCGGCCAGGGCACCCAUGCAAUACAUCCUCUAUGUUCGACUGUUUCUCUUAUUGGUAGAGACUGGCUGGUUGUGCGCGGGUGUAAUCUGGUUAACACAUUACUAUCAAACCUGUCCCGUCGAUCGACUCAAAGAUGUAAUGUUAGGUUUAGUGAUAUCAAAUUGGUGCGUAUUGGCGUCGGUAAUGGUGACGGUAUGGUGUACGUACGACGCCGCGGGCAGAUCGUGGGUGAAAAUGAAGAAAUAUCAACGCAGCAUGAGGGAGGCGGAAUCGAGAUGUGGCAAAUUGCAUUACAACCGUAGCGGUAGCAGGAACAGAAACUGGCGACAGAGAAAAGUUAUACGAGCGUACCAGGACAGCUGGGACAACAGAUGCAGGCUUCUGUUUUGCUGCAUGGGCAAUUCCGAUAGAAACCGAAAUUCGUUCGCGGACAUCGCUAGACUAUUGAGCGAUUUCUUUCGCGACCUUGACGUGGUACCGUCGGAUGUAGUCGCCGGUUUGGUGCUAUUGAGGAAGUUCCAGAAAAUCGAACGGGAACUGAUAGUGAAGCAACGGAAGAACGAUACGUACGAGUUUCUAUCCGGCGUGCCAGUUACACCCCGCACUAAAUUCUUGUCCUUGACCGAGGACGGUGAUCUGGGCCACUUUCAGUCAGCCAUUCAUUACAUGCACUUUGCCCUCGCUGCUUAUGGCUGGCCCAUGUUCCUCAUUAGUCAUUCCACCGGCCUUUGUCAGUUGUGUCCAAGAUUACGAUGCGGCUGUUUCCCUUGCGCUGGCCACCAAGACGAAGCGACCGUCGUGGAGGACAAUUGUUGCCAGUGCAAUUACGCUGCGCUGAGAAAGAUGGUCGACGUCGCCGAGGUGGAGGUUAUUUAUGCGACUUAUCACGUCGACGUCGGUGAGACGCCGUUCUUCGUCGCUCUCGAUUACACGAAGAAAAAGGUUGUCGUUAGUAUACGAGGAACCCUCAGCAUGAAGGACGUAUUAACGGACUUGAACGCGGAGGGUGAAGUGUUACCAUUGUCACCACCAAGGGAGGACUGGCUGGGCCAUAAGGGUAUGGUCCAAGCGGCCGAAUACAUUCGAAAAAAACUCCUCGAAGAGGAAAUUAUAUCGCGUGCACUCGCCAAGGAUACAUCGAGAGGGACCCAUCAAUUCGGUUUGGCGUUCGUUGGCCAUUCCUUGGGUGCGGGUACAGCAGCUAUCUUGGCGAUUCUGCUCAAGCAGGACUAUCCAGACUUGGUAUGCUUUUCGUUCGCUCCACCGGGUGGUCUCUUGAGCAUGCCCGCUCAGCAAUAUUCGCAAGAAUUUAUUACAUCUGUAGUAGUCGGGAAAGAUGUGGUACCUAGGAUAGGCCUUAGACAAAUGGAAAGCUUAAGAGCAGAUCUUAUCAACGCCAUAAAAAGAAGCGUUGAUCCAAAGUGGAAAACGAUAGCAUGCUCGGUGAUGUGUUGCGGUUGCGGUUCCACCCCGACAUCGGCUGCAAAUUUAGAAGCCGGCGGAUGUAUCAGCGAGUACCAAAGGGAUAAAGACCUAGCUCGUUCACAAACAGUUGUCCCAAGUGACUCCAGCAUUGCGCUAACUCUGCACAGGCCCCUGUAUCCACCUGGUCGAAUCAUACACGUCGUUCGACAUCAUCCUAACAAGGGAGAGCAGAAGUAUGAGAGCCGCUGGAGACAAAUGUUGCACAAACGCGAACCGGUGUAUCAAGCGCUGUGGGCAGGACCUUGCGAUUUCGACGAGGUGCUGAUAAGUCCAGUGAUGAUACAGGACCACAUGCCAGACAAUAUGCUGAAAGCUUUGAACAAGGUUGUAACAACCCUGGGACCAGCAAAGCCGCAGAGGCUGGCUUCCGGUCAUGCAUCAUCGGCAGAGGCGUCGGAGGCGCGUGAGAUCGUCGAGAUCCAGGAGAUGGAGAUCGAGCAAGAAAUGAGAGCGUUGCUCUCGUCGUCCAGUCCCGUAAAGUCGCAUCCCAGCAACCUGGCUGGGACACCUCCGCACAAGCUCUGCCUGGAAACGAGCUUUACGUCCUUGCAAAGCCCCUCGGAGUUCCCCCAGGCUGGCCGUGAGCUGAGCGUCGACUCCAGGGGGAUACCAUGGGAGUACGUCAGCCUGGCCAGCGAAUUGCUCAACACACCCAGAGCCGACGAGAGUAAAUCUUUAAAUCGUCGAAGCGAUUGGGACGAUGGUUCUCGAGCUGCUCCACUGGCCACCCCUGAAACACUUUCGGAGGCAUCGAGCAGCCCACCGUCGCCGGUACCACCGCCAAGGCCGAUGAGGCGCACUCCAAAGAUCUCGGGAAACUUGUCAACGGCGGCGGACGACUUGAAGAACAAUCUUCACUUCGCCAUGCUCUCAGCGAAGAACUACUUCCUAAGGGAAGCGAAUAACGGCAGUAACACAAGCAGCGGGAACAGCGAGGCGAGCUACGAAAGCGCCAAGAGCUUAACCGCUGGUCUUCCGCCGCCAGUACCGAGAAGACGAGACUCUGUCAUUGUCAGAAGCAGAGAGCAGAGGGUGUGCACGGCUGCUUGCUGCAGAGACGAUUUAUCUGAAAAUUCAUCCUCGCAUACUUCUCAUUCAUCAAAGACGUCUCAGACGUCGAAUCGGGUGCAAUCAGGUUUCCCCGUGGAGGAUCACGAGACGAACGGGUCUAGUCUAGACUUUUACGAAACAAAGGGUUCUUCUGGACAACGUGACAGCAGUAACGAUGUAUUUCUUAGCGUAAGAAGCUCUCCAGAGUGUAAGGGCCUGAUGGCACCAGCGACAGACUUAGGAGCGGAAUGGAAGAAGAAAUUCGAUGCGACGGGAAUGAGUGGCGAUGCGUCGUUACCGCUUUUGCGUGGGCUGUCACCGACCCCCACGCAGGGACAACAUAGUUCGCCCUUUUUCAAUGCGAAACGCAAAAAAUACGUGUACCCAAUUACACUGGUUGGUCGAGGCGAAAGUAGCGUCUGAAUUCCGAAAAGUUAGACCGACCGGGGACCACAGAAAGGCGACAAGAUAGAAUAAUGUAACUAUUAGAUUAUCUGUGCCAAUGUCACAUCGUUCAGUGUGAUCGUUCAGAACUGUUUUUCUGAGCCUCCGAGUGCAUGCGGAAUAUUCUAAAAUGAAGGGGCCAUGUAUUCGUGUAGCCUCUUUUAUUAUGAAAUUCUGAUGACGAUAAGUGAAUACUCGAGAUGAAGAGAAUUUUUGAAAUUCCUCGGAUAAUAGGUAGAUAGUAAAAUUUGAAUGAUAUUCAACUUUUAUCGUAAAACGUGCAUAAAAAGGCUAUUUUCUCUUUGUACAGUACUGUUUCUCAAACGAAACAAAAUAUUUUCUGAUUCAAGAAGUUUUCUGCCAACCAAAGAACAAACCAAAGGACAAAUAAGAUCUAGAAUUGAUUAGAUGUAUAUUAAAGCUAUG